AUGAGGCCCCAUCGGCAGCUCGCCGCGGCCGCUCGGCACUUACGCCGGCCCACGCUCUCGUCGCCCUCAUCCGCCCUCAUCCCACGCCAUGUCGCAACGUCAUCACCACCGUCCUCCACCCGCCCCUUCCAGACCACAGCAGCCGCCCGCUCGGGCGCGGCCUCCAACCCCGCCAUGGCGUUCCCGUGCUUAGACGCCAUGGAGAACCGCUCCGCGACUCUGCAGCAGGGCGCCGCGGAAGCAGCAGCCUCAACCUCCUCCUCGCACAGCGGUCCCGAGCCCUCGUACACCUCCGGCGUCACGCAAGUCUACCACUGCCGCGAGCCGCUGCACCUCGACUGGGGCGGCGUGCUGCCCUCCUUCGACGUCGCCUACGAGACCUGGGGCACCCUCAACGCCGACCAGUCCAACGCCAUCCUGCUGCACACCGGCCUGUCCGCCUCCUCGCACGCGCACUCCACGCCCGAGAACCCGUCGCCUGGCUGGUGGGAGCGCUUCAUCGGGCCCGGCGCGCCGCUCGACACCGACCGCUACUUCGUCGUCUGCACCAACCCGAUCGGCGGGUGCUACGGCUCCACGGGCCCUUCCAGCGUCGACCCGGGCCACGGCGAGCGCUACGCGACGCACUUCCCCGUGCUCACCAUCCAGGACAUGGUCCGCGCGCAGUUCCGCCUCCUCGACGCGCUCGGCGUCCGCCGCCUGCACGCCAGCGUCGGCUCCAGCAUGGGCGGCAUGCAGUCGCUCGCCGCCGGCUUGCUCUUCCCGGAGCGCGUCGGCCGCCUCGUGUCCAUCAGCGGCUGCGCGCGCUCCCACCCGUACAGCAUCGCCAUGCGCCACACGCAGCGGCAGGUGCUUAUGAUGGACCCCAACUGGAACCGCGGCUUCUACUACGGGCGGGUGCCGCCACACGCCGGCAUGAAGCUGGCGCGCGAGAUCGCCACCGUCACCUACCGCUCCGGCCCGGAGUGGGAGCGCCGCUUCGGCCGCCGCCGCGCUGACCCCUCCCGGCCGCCCGCGCUCUGCCCGGACUUCCUCGUCGAGACCUACCUCGACCACGCCGGCGAGAAGUGGUGCCUCAGCUACGACCCCAACUCCCUCCUCUACGUCAGCAAGGCCAUGGACCUCUUCGACCUCGGCCUGCAGAACCAGCGCGCCACCCAGCAGCGCCGCGCUGCCCGCCAGGCGGCCGGCCAGAGCGGGGCCGACGCGGCCGCCUGCAGCCUGACGCUGCCGGACAAGCCGUACGAGGAGCAGCCCGAGUCGCAGAUUGACGUCUCCGAGGCGACCCCGGCGGGCUCCUCGCGUCCACCGGAGGACCUGAUCCAGGGUCUCGCGCCGCUGCGGGACACGCCUGCGCUGGUCAUGGGCGUCGCUAGCGAUAUCCUCUUCCCGGCGUGGCAGCAGCGCGAGGUCGCCGAGUCUCUCCGUCUGGCUGGCAACCGCAACGUCACGCACGUAGAGCUGAGCGAGGAGAUGAGCCUGUUUGGUCACGACACGUUCUUGCUCGACCUCGAGCACAUUGGCGGCAACUUGAAGAACUUUUUGCGCUGA